ACAACCGUACCGGGUAAAUCAAAACUUUUUUUCUGUAGAACUCUGGUUUAUUGAAACUACAGCCAGUGCUAAGCGCUCCUUCACGCCUGGACAACGCGCCAGAUCGAAGUUACGAUGCAGGACGGCGGGAAGACUGUCGAGGAACGCGCGGACGCCACGGCCGCUCGUAAACGAAACUUCUACAAGUUUGGCGAGCACGUCCUCAUGGAGGAAGAUCAACGCACCGAAUUCAAGGCUCACAAGGACAUGUCCAUCGAAGAGCUGUCGCAGGCAUGCAAGGACCAGCACUCCCGCCAGACCAUCUCUAGAACUAUCUGUGCCUUCUUGAACACUGGAAGAGGUGGGACUGUAUUUCUGGGAAUCCUUGACAAUGGUGAUGUCAAUGGCCUCCAUCUCACGGAAUACCAAAAAGACCACCUGCUUUUGAGUCUUGAAAAUUUGAUGAUGCGUUACAAGCCACCUGUCCCAAAACACAUGUAUGAGCUGCGAUUCGUUCCAGUCAUCUCUGAGGGUGUUCCAUUGCCAACAAAGCAAAGUCGUGAAAUGAACAGCAAAGAGAGGUUUAGGCCACACGAAUUGCAGUGUUCGAGGCCAUGCUGGUGCGACAAUGAAGCCACUGCUCAGUUGAACGUUGGUGGAGUGGUGAUGCGGUAUGUUGUUGAGAUCGACAUAUCUGCAUGGGAGAGCUCUGACUCAAGGAACAGCGUGCUCAACAUCAGCAAGAUGGGCAUCCAUCCCAUGUUUGACAACGAAGAGGAUAUCUGCUUCGUGCGUCGUCAGGGCAGCAACAUUCGGUGCACUCUCCAAGAUGUCAUUGACAUGACCCGUCAAGAAAUUAAAAAUUAUUACUCCUCCAAGUUGGACACUCAAAAGCCCCUAGAGGAAACCUCCAUGGGCACCGCAUAGAAUUUGUUAGUAUGUCGCGUUGCAAGUAGGGCUCGACAUGCCACGCCUGUUGAGAAAAAGCCCUCGGAGAAGUCAUCCAGUUUUACUCAAUUAACUACACUUGAGCACAUAGCUUUCUGAGGCAUCAAGUGUUGUGCCUCGAGUUUUUAAGUUUCAUUCCAUUGUAUAUGUUCCUUGGCACCUUUUUGACCCGGUGACCUCACGCUCAUUAAAUUUACCCAUACAAGCCUUUACUACUGUGUUCUCUCUGAUUAAAAGGUAGCUCACUGACACUUUGACAAGUGUAUGAGUACUGAAAGGAAGGAGCAAUGUUGUGUGACUGAGAAUGGCCAGUGUCACUACAAGCUAGUCUGGGCUAGUCGCUGUUACUCUGUCGGCCGUAAAAUUCUCGCAAGUUCUUUGUGCGUAUUUGAGAUUGCUAAAAUCUAUGCUGUUCAGGUGCAAAAAAAAAGAAA